AUGCCCCCCAUCCGCAGGAGAAGCAUCGCCUGGAUUGCCCUAGUCGCCACCCUCAUCCUCCUCUACUUGUACAACACCUCGACUUCUCCGCCACCGUCUUAUACUCAGCCAAACCUGCAUACAAACCAAGAUGAUAACUACUUCUGGAAGUCCCUGCCCGUUCAUUACCCUCCGCAAUCAAUGCGCCCAUUACCAACCACCACUCCCGUGAAAUAUCCCAAUAUCCAGACACCCUUCGAUGAAGAAACCCCAGAAGCGCAAACCACUCGCCAACACCGCCAACGCGCCGUAAAAGACGUCUUCGCAAAAUGCUGGUCAUCCUACCGCGAAUACGCCUGGAAGGCAGACGAACUCGCACCGGUAUCCGGCGGCAAAAAGAACCCCUUUGGCGGCUGGGCAGCCACUCUAGUCGACGCCCUCGACACCCUCUGGAUCAUGGGCAUGAAGCCCCAAUUCGACGAGGCCGUCCAGGCCGCCGUCACCAUCGACUUCACCAAGACAGACCUCAAACAAAUCAACGUCUUCGAGACCAACAUCCGCUAUCUCGGCGGCUUCAUCUCCGCCUUUGACCUCAGCGGUGACGAGCGCCUCCUCCACAAGGCCAUCGAGGUCGGCGAGAUGCUCUACAAGGCCUUUGACACGCCAAACCGCAUGCCCAUCACCAGGUGGGACAUCCACGCCGCCAUCAAUGGCAGAAGACAGACCGCUCCGCCGGCACUGCUCGUCGCCGAGAUUGGCAGCCUGACUAUGGAGUUUACGCGGCUCUCGCUCAUCACGGGCGACGCAAAGUGGUUUGACGCCGUGCAGCGCGUCAUGGAUGCCAUGGCGGACCAGCAGGACUCGACAGCACUGCCCGGGCUGUGGCCACUCGUCGUCAGCGCAAAGGAUCAAGUCUUCAACAUUGGCAACACGUUCACUCUGGGCGCCAUGGCCGACAGCGUGUACGAGUAUCUGCCGAAACUGUCAGCCCUCAUGGGUGGCCAAAUGCCCCUAUAUCAAGACAUGUACGAAAAGGCCGCCGGCGCAGCUAUCAAGCACGCCCUCUAUCGACCAAUGACGCCCAACAACGAGGACAUUCUCAUCUCAGGCGCGAUCAAGUCUGAAGACGGCCAAAUCACCCUCGACCCGUCAGGACAGCACCUCGUAUGCUUCCUAGGUGGCCUAUUCACGCUCGGAGGCAGAUUGUUCAACCGACCCCAGGACCUCUCCGCCGCCAUCAAGCUCGUCAACGGCUGUAUCUGGACAUACCAAGCCCUCCCGCACGGCAUCAUGCCCGAAACGUUCCACAUGCUACCCUGCCCAUCUCUCGCCGGCUGCGAAUGGGACGAGCAAGCCUGGAAAAAGGAAGUCCUCCGCCUCGCCAAAGACAAAGACAAAGACACCACCAGCGUGGACGCCAUCAUCAAACGAGAUCGCCUCCCACAAGGCUUCACCUCCAUCCCCGACCGCCGCUACAUCCUCCGCCCCGAAGCCAUCGAGAGCAUCUUCAUCCUCUACCGCGCCACAGGCCGGCCCGCCCUGCUCGACUCAGCAUGGGCCAUGUUCGAGGCCAUCAACAGCACGACGAGCACGACGCUCGCCAACUCGGCCGUGCGGGACGUCACGCUUCCUCGGGAGCAGCAGCCUGAACUAGCAGAUUCGAUGGAAUCCUUCUGGUUGGGCGAGACGCUCAAGUAUUUCUAUCUAAUCUUCAGCGAGACUGAUGUGAUUAGUCUAGAUGAGUAUGUGUUUAAUACGGAGGCGCAUCCGUUUAGGAGACUUGUUCCGCGAAGGGCUGAAGAAUGGCAGUCAUUCUGA